AUGCUGUGUGCAAUCUCUGGAGAGGCUCCUCAAGUGCCUGUCGUCUCUCCCAAGAGCGGCAGCCUAUUUGAGAAGCGCCUGAUCGAGGCCUACAUCACCGAACAUGGAAAAGACCCAGUGAAUGGCGAAGAGCUUGCCGCUGACGAGCUGAUCGAUGUCAAGUCCCAGCGCGUUGUUCGCCCUCGCCCUCCCACUUUGACAUCCAUCCCUUCUCUUCUCAGUGUUUUCCAAGAAGAAUGGGAUGCGCUCGCUCUCGAGACAUACACCCUUCAACAGAACCUUGCGCAGACCCGCCGCGAGCUCAGCUCCGCACUGUACCAGCAUGACGCUGCCGUUCGGGUGAUCGCACGGUUGACAAAGGAGCGGGAUGAAGCCCGUGACGCUCUGUCGAAGGUCAGCGUUGGGGCCAGUCGUGCUGUGGCUGAUGGUGAGGCCAUGCAGGUGGACUCUGAGGGCUUGCCUCAGGCGGUGUUGGAGCGAAUUGAGAACACACAAGCUACACUCUCAAAGACACGACGCAAGCGCCCCGUUCCCGAAGGCUGGGCUACCAGCGAUGCUAUCUCUGCAUUCAAGCCCGCUGAGACCUCUGAACCUCUGUACCCAGGCAGCCGAGCCUUGUCGAUCGAUUCUACAGGAGACCUUGCCCUGUUUGGUGGCUCUGAUGGCCUAGUCGGUGUCUACUCUCUCUCCCAGAAGAGUGUGGUUCAGACUCUCAAGACAGAUGGCCCGGUGACAGAUGCAACAUGGGCUGGUAACAAGGCUGUCGUCGGUUCAGCUACAGGUACUGUCAAGGUGUUCGAAAAUGGCAGCGAGGUGGCAAGUUUUGCUUCCCACGCUGGAGAGGUCACCGCUGUUGCCGUGCAUGCAACUGGAGAUAUCGUUGCCUCCGUGGGUGUGGACAAGAGCUAUAUUCUUUAUGAUCUGUCCACUAACAGUGUGGUCACUCAAAUUUUCACCGACUCCGCUUUGUUGUCUGUGAAUUUCCACCCGGAUGGUCACCUUCUGAGCGCUGGUGGUGCUGAUGGCCAGAUUAAGAUCUUCGACAUCAAGACUGGUGCCCCGGCGGCAGAUUUCGCUAUGUCUGGACCUGUCAAGUGUCUUUUCUUCUCUGAGAAUGGUACCUUCUUAGCUGCGGUGGCUGCUCAGUCCACCACUGUUUCGAUCUGGGAUCUGCGUAGCUCCAAGGAAACCAAGGCGUUGGACACCGGCAGCGAGGUCCAGUCGAUCUUCUGGGAUUACACUGGCCAGUUCCUCUUGACUGGUGGCCCCAGUGGCUUGACUGUUCAACAAUUCACCAAAGCAUCCAAGGAGUGGUCAGAGCCAUUGCGGAGUGCUGUGCCAGCUGUUGCCGUUGCCUGGGGAUCUUCGGCUCAAAGCAUCGUAGCCUUGAACGAGGCAGGCGCGGUGACUGUGCUGCAGUCAUAA